AUGACAACGAAGGGAAAGCGUCCCAUGCGCGCCCUCACACCCGGAGACAAGAUCGAGGCCAUACAGAGAGUCAACGACGGAGAGUCCAAGGCCUCGGUGGCUCGGGACAUAGGGGUGCCCGAGUCCACGCUGCGGGGCUGGUGUAAGAACGAGGACAAGCUGCGCUACAUGACCUCCCGCCUGUCCUCCCCCGACACCGACAAGAGCAACGACGGCGAGCCGCCCGACAAGCGCGCGCGCACGGAGUCCCCGACCGCUCCCCAGUCACCCGCCAACACCGGCCUGGACCUGUCCAGCCUGUCCGGGACUCACACCGCCGCCCCCCCUCCGCCGCAGAUCGACGCUCCCGUCGAGCUCACCACCAAACGCAGCGAGCCCUCGCCCCCCCUCCACCCGCCACGGGAGCGCCGUCCCGACCCCGGAGCGAGCGUCUCCAUGAGCGCCAUCAGCCCGCUGUCAGGACUGGCCCACCUCCCCGGACUUACACAUUCUCACCUCGGAUUGAGCUUCAAUGAAAUAGCAAACAACCUGACACUCCUCGCUCAACUGAACCCGGGCCUGUCCACGCUGUCCGCGCAGCCGGCGAGCAGAGCGUUACGGUCCGUGCGCUCGCCGAAACCGGCUCACAACGGAGUGCUCAACUUGAACGAAAACAAACAUCGCAGCAAGUCAAACCAUUCAUCGGACCCGUACAGACACAGCGGCUCCAAGGCGAGUCAUCACGCUACUUCACAGUCAGCGAGCCAGCCCGUCGACGACACGCUGUGGUACUGGCUCAAAACACAACAGGCCAUGCUGGACUUGACCUCCCAGACCACCGCUCAUCCGCUGCAAUUAGGAAAAACUAGUGAUCCCACUCUGCCUCCUAAGCCCGUGGCGCCCACGCCGCCCGUCAGUUCGCACCUCGACUACAACAGAAACUCUUGGUUGUGGCAGUAUUACAAACAGUUCGGUGGAGCGAUGCCGGUGCCGGAAGACAAACACAAGCCGGCGGCCCAGGUACCGAAAGACAAGUCCGGAGACAUCUUGUUCUCACAUUUAACUAAAGCGAAGCCCGAGGACGACCGGAGCAUCAUUAGUCCUGACCAGAGCCAAACACUGUCGGCUAAAGUCCGUGAGACAGUCCCGCCGCCGCUCUCGGCCGCUCCCGCGGAACCUCGAGUGGCCGAGCCCGCCACGAGCCCGGACGUCGGUACCGAGAACAAGGAACCCUCGGUGGAGAAACCCAUAGAGUCCGGCAGAAGCCAAACCAAGGCCAGGAACGUGCUCGAUAACUUACUGUUCAACAGCAGCCAAGCGGCCAACGAAGAGAACAAGAGUAACGGCUCGACGAACGGCGAGUGGGAGGCGGGCACGGCGGAGGCUCUGGAACACGGGGACAAGUUCCUGGCGUGGCUGGAGGCGAGCGGGGACCCGAGCGUGACCCGCAUGCACGUGCACCAGCUGCGCGCGCUGCUCCACAACCUGCGCACGCGCCGCGCCGCGCCCGACGCGCGCCGCAAGUAA